UGCGCUGUUUGCUUUUUCAGUCAGCUGGCUGCUAAAUCCAAAGAGUAUUCCGCUUCUAUGCUGCAGGAAAACUGCAUCAAAGAACAAAAAUGGUGAAAGGAUUCCGCCCGACUCUGUUUGUGUUGCUGCUUCUGUGUCACAACGGCGACACGCUGUCCCACAUGAGCUGUCCGUACAGAUGCCAGUGUUUCACACCGGCUCAAGUGCUGUGCGCCGACGAACGCAUGACAUCCGCGCCCGCUAACAUAUCCCGAGAAGUCAAGGAAGUCAUCAUCAUGACAUCGGCCAUGCAGUACCUGUUCCCAAACUCCUUGGAGAACAUUCCCCAACUGGAGAAGCUGAUCUUCUUCAACAACGCGCUACGAAGUAUUCAUUCUCACGCUUUUCACAACUUGACAAAACUGAGCGAGCUGGAGAUCAGCGGGAACCCUUGGUUGGAGCAUUUGUUUCUGGGGACCUUUUCAAGCCAAGUGAAUCUAACGAAGCUGCAGCUGAAUUACAACAAGUUCCACACCGUUCUUCCUGGUAUGUUUAAUUCCCUUAACCGUUUAGAGACUCUACAGAUGAAGGGUAACGUCAUAUCGGAGUUACCCGCUUUUUUGUUUCUCAACCUUCAAAAUCUGCAAACAUUGGAUUUAUCGAUUAAUAAAAUGCAACACGUAGAAAGAGAAACUUUCUCUGGUUUGCUUCGCUUGGAGAUCCUGAAAAUGAACAACAACCUCAUUAGUAAUAUAUCGUCAGAUAUCUUCCAUCCUGUCAAUCAACUAACGGAGCUUCACUUAGAAGGGAAUAAUAUAUCAGAAGUUGCUGAUGGGACCUUCUCCAUGUUGCCCAAACUGAACGUGUUGAACCUCAGAGGGAACCGACUCUCAAUUUUCAGUGAUAAAGUAUUCGGAAGUGAAGGCACCAAUGUAACACAGCUGGACCUGAGAGGCAACAGACUUACGGAACUGUCCUCCUUAAGCACUCUGACAUCACUUACUGAUCUUCUCUUGUCAUCUAAUCAACUUUCAAGACUUCCUGAGGACAUUUUCAGAAACAUCACCACCUUGGAAAAUUUGGACCUUUCGGAAAAUCAGCUCAUGUCAUUACCGGAGAAGAUCUUUGCUGAUUUAAAAAACAUGAAGAUAAUCUACCUCCAUAAAAACCAGCUGAGAAGGUUGGAUAGCAAAUUGUUUCUGGAUCAGCAGUUCAUUCAGGAGCUCUACUUGUCUGAUAACUAUCUUCAAAAUCUACCUGUGGGUCUCCUGGACCGCUUCGCCCGACCACAUAUGCUGCGUCUACACGGGAAUCCUUGGAAAUGCGACUGCCAUAUGUGGUAUUUGCAUGAUUUAGUGCUGGAGAACAACCAGGAUGUUGAGAUGAUAGACAGGAUGUUCUGUGACAGCCCCGACUUCUUGAGGAAUCGAGCAGUAGCAUCCAUUGACAGGGAUGAGCUGCAGUGCCAUUUAUCCAAAGAUGAGGUAUCGGAUGUCAGUAGCUGCAGCCUUCACAAGUCCGAUGAUUCGCUGGUGAUCAAAUGCAAGGUGGAGAAGUGUUCCUCUCUGACGGUCAAAGUGCAGUUUCUGGAGAACAAUGGUAGCAUUCAGGAGAACGUUUGGAAAAAACAGGAUUCUCAAUGCAGCAAUGUGACAGCGACUGAGGCUCCCAUGCACAAUUUGGAUUUUUGGUGAUUUCAUCAUAUUUUCGGGAUUUGGACAGGCCACUUGGACAAUGUGUCAAUUCUGCAAACAAACUGUGAUGGGUGGAUGAACCCUUUUUUCUUCCAACAUUCAAAGUUCAGUCUGCGUUUUGUUGCUGUCAUCACCAAAAAACGUAUGUGUUAAUCAUCCACUGGUGGUUUUUUUUUUUCACUGUCCACAUGAACAUCCAGUCACAGUCCAGAAACCUGUACAAAAAAUUUAAAUGAACAAUAAACAGUAAAAGAAACUUCUCGGAUUAUUAAAAAAAAUCAUAAAAGUCAAUAAAUUGGCUACUUGGAUUAGUAAUUUGCUAAUAAUGUCUUUCACAAAUGAGGAUGUGAGGACAGAAGCUUGAGAAAAAAAAAUAGUAUUGAACCGGUGUUCAAGUGGUUAGCAUGCAGACCACAUAUCUAGGAGACCCGGGUUCGAUUCCCCUCUUGUGCAUCUGUGUGUGGAGUUUGCAUGUUCUCCUCGUGCAUACGUGGGUUUUCUCCAGGUAUUCCAAAUUGUCCAUAGGUAUGAAUGUGAGUGUGAAUGGUUGUUUGUCUAUAUGUGCCCUGUGAUUGGCUGUCGACCAAUCAGGGUGUACACCGCCUCUCGCCUGAAGACAGCUGGGAUAGGCUCCAGUACGCCCGUAACCCUCUGAGGAUAAGCGGUACGAAAUGAAUGAAUGAAUGAAAGUGUAAAGCUGACUAUAGGGGUGUUAGUUCAUGUCUGAAGGGCUCUAAAAUAUAUCUAUGGUAAUGGUCAUGGUUUUAUUUCAUUUGAACAUGCAUCAGAUUACAAUUGAGUGCAUCCCAUAAUCAGUUCCCAGUUCCACAUGUCCAAAAGGAGUAGGAAGAAGCAAAGCUUAUUAAAUCCUACCCCUCCAUCUGGUACUUUUACAAUCAGUAACUGUUACAUUUGUUCACUUCCUGCUUUCCUCAUAUAAUUUUUUACUUAAUUUUUUUUUGUCACGUACCGAAGUACGAGGUGAUAUGAGCAUCCAAUGCCAUAAUGUGUACCAUAGUAAGUGUCAAUAUAGUGAUAUAUAUAGCACAUCAUGACUGGUUCAAGACUCUUCAUCCUUGCAUUUAGCAAACAUCAACUGCUUGUAUUGUUUCUUGAAUUGGCUCAUCUAGACUCCAACUAUGAAAAUAUUUGAUCAAUAAAUAAAAAAUGACUGUAUAGCCCACAAAUUAAAUUAAAAUACACAUUUUUCACAUUAAAAUUAAAAUGUUUUGCCUCUAUGUUUUUUUGCACAUUUGUAGUGUAUGUCGUGGGACAUACUACUAUUAGCUUA